AAAUAACCUGAACUUUGGCCGUAAUGUUACAACUUAAUUGCUAGUGAUUUCGCUUGCACUGAAUUAUCAAGAAAUAUUCGGAAAAUUUCCAAAUGAAGCAGUAACUCUUCACUUUCAAUGGGAAAAAUGCCAGGUUGCUAAGGUCAUCCUGUAGGAAACGCUGGUGAGUAUAUGUACACAUGAGGUGUUCCAGCUGGACUUUUGCCCUAAUUAUUGUGUUUUGUGCAAACGUUUGCAAUAUUCUGGUAGGAUGACAAUUAAAGACCUUCCCAACGAACUGCUGAAAAUCAAAGGACGAGAACCUUUGCCGCAAACCUAUCCAAACCACGUCAACAAUAUGGCAUCUAAGACACACGCCGAACCAUCAUUCAAAAAUUCAAGGGAAACAUCGCAAAAGGUGGAAAGCAACACAGGACCUUUUAUCUUCCUGGGACUAAUAUUUUUAGGCUCUCUUGUGGCAAUGGCUUUUGUUUAUUGGAGUUUUCCCCAGCUAAGACCAGAAGACAAGGCCAGGAUCAAACUUCCCAGAGACAUGGAAGAUGCUAAAGGCUUAGGAAUGGCAUUGUCUAAUUACAAUGAUGAAUAUUUCACUCAAGUUCUUCUAGGAUUUGUCAUUAUUUAUAUUUUCUUGCAGACAUUUGCCAUUCCUGGGUCAAUAUUUCUAAGCAUUUUAUCUGGAUUCUUAUUUCCAUUUCCAUUAGCACUAUUUCUUGUAUGUCUGUGUUCCAGUAUAGGCGCUUCAUUCUGUUAUUUGUUGUUCUACUUGGUUGGUAGACGUCUUGUACAAUAUUACUUGCCUGACAGAGUUGCUCAGUGGUGUGAACAGGUUAACCAUCACAGAGACAACCUCUUAAGCUACAUCAUAUUCUUGCGCAUCACUCCAUUUUUACCCAACUGGUUCAUCAAUAUUUCGUCACCAGUCAUAGGUGUACCACUUCUGCCC